GGGUGUAUGGCUCUAUUUAUGACUGCUAUAAAAAAUAGUGUGUCUGUCUAUCACGAUUGAUUGCUGCACUGCUAGCUGAAAAAACAAAAUUGCACUGGGCCGCCUCCUAGACAAACUUGACUACAACUACAAAUCAACUGAUCUCCAACUUCAAGUAAGGUAUCGCCAUGAAGGGUCUCCUACUAGUACUGUGUCUCCUCCCUGCUCUGUUGAGUGCCAGCCCAGUGAAUAAGGAAUCAGAAACAUCGUCCAUUCAAGACACUCUCACCAGCUUCCUUCGUGUUCGCAGACAGAGCCCAGCCACGUGCAACAGUAACAGUGACUGUCUGGCUGAUCCCACUCUGAACCCUCCAGUCGAGCUUGUACAAUGUUUCCCAGGCACCGGGCCAGGUGGUGCAGGACAGUGUGAGUGCUCCCAAUGCUUCAUGCUAAACAGCAAUGGUCUCUGUGAUGUUUCUCUUUGCCCUGACUACCUCUACAACAAUGUCAGCGAUGUGUGUGGACAAGACAGUCGGCCCAGGCAACUAACGGCAUUCCUUGUUUCUUUGUUUGCCUCUUCCACUGGGGCUGCCAACUUUUAUAUUGGACAAGAUGGACUAGGUGGUGGUCAAUUGGUUUUGCUGUUGAUCGUCUUGUUCGUACCGUGUUUCAUGUGCUGUCUACCAUGCUGUAUGGCCUGCUGCAUGGAAAAGGAUGAUGUUAAAGGGAGUUUCUUCUUCAUUAUCAUAAUGAUUGUGGUUGUUCUCCUAAUAAUCGUUGCCUCCCUGGCCAUGUCUGCUUGGUGGAUUGCUGACCUUAUCAUCUUUGCUACGAACCAGCGACUAUCUAGCAAUGGAUGCACUCUUACUCCAUGGGGUUGAACUUGAACUUAUAACACUAUAGCUGAUUGAACUGCUGUAUAUACAAUUGUGUCAUUUUAUUGUUUAGUUAAUAAUUAUAACAAUUAUGCUUUUCUUUUUAUGGUAAAAUAAUGGCUGGUGAUGUCAUGUAAUGUAUUAUUCAUAA